AUGGAGGAUAGCUCUUCUUCUUCGGUGGUAACUGGUCAGCCGUCGUUUCUUCAAAGGACGUUGGCGCGUUUAUCGUGCACGCAGAGCCUGAAGCUCUCAGCCGAGGAGGCGGCUCCUGUCGCUGUCGUUGCUCUCCAGAGAUAUUUGUCUGAGCAGGCUGACAGCCAGCAGCUUGACAGCUACAUCUACGACGUGACGGUCACAGACGGAUACUGGCGAGCCAAAUGUUUCCUUCACCCCAGUUUGAACCAGCUGGUGCACAGAAACAAGCUAAAGACCGGGGGCGACAUCAGCGUCAGGCAGUGCUCCUUUGUUUACAACGAGAGGAGACUGGGCCAUGGCUACAUCUGUAUUGAAGAGCUCAGCUGUGUGGCGGGGAGGUCGACUGUCCUGUCCCGCGGUGAUGACGUGGAUUCGCUGCCCAUGCUGGUGAAGCAGGGCAUGGAGAGGAGCCUGGUGCUGCUGAGGGAUGCUCCCCUGCAGGUGGGCCGCAAGCACUACCUGUCUCUGUGGAACAACGAAGACCCGGAGGGGGACAUCUGGACCUCGGGGUCUCCGUCUUCUGACCCGGUUCUGGACGUGUCUAAAGUUACUCUCCUGGGUAGACUGGAGUCCUCGCUCAGAGUCUCGUUGAAACCUCUCCUGGUGAAGAUAAUUCACAAGUCCAGGUUGAGAUACUACGGAAAAUUUGGGCUCAGGAUUGAUUACCCCUAUCAGGCGUAUUUUGAAGUUGCUGACCAGAGCGGCACAAUGUCGCUCGUGCUUUGGAACGAGCUCUGUCCCGAGUUUUACGAGAGAAUGAAGGUUGGCACCGUGUUGUACCUGCAGAAUUACACGCUGAAGCAGAGUUAUUCCAACAGAUCUCGCCCACAAAUGGACCAUCACAGAUUGAAGAACUUUACCUCUGUUGAAAUCUGCCUGAACGCUCGUAACCCGGCUUCAGUCAUCACCGUGGUCUCACAGAAGAGCGUCCUGCCUCAGUGGGGGCUGCCCGAGGUUUCCUACCAGUUCACCAGCAGGUCUGAGUUAGAGCAACUAGCCAACAACGCCGCAUGUGACGUCAUUGGUUUGGUGAUGUUUGUCGGCCGUGUUGAAAGAGUCCGGAGCAAAGGGAACAAAGUGCCAGAGAAAUACUGGACCUAUCGCUGGCUGCACGCAGUGGAUGGAACGUCGGACCUGCCUUUUGUCUUGGAGCUUUAUUCUUCGUCUCAGCCUGAAAUAUUCAGUCAGAUUUGUCCAAUGUCUUACCUGGUGUGCACUCAGAUGAGGGUUUGUCAGGCGGAAGGCUCGUUGCCGUACCUCACAAGCAGCUGCGAAACAGAGAUCUUUGUCACGGGCUACCACAAGGGUCAGCCAUAUGCGAAUGACCCCAGAGUGAAGAGCUUCAUCCAGUGGACCAAGACCCUGAAGGACAACGCCGUUCUGCAGAAGACUGCUGUUGGCGGCCAUUACUGUUACCCUCACCCACCACAGAUAUUUACACAGACAAGAGAUCGGGCAGGUCAAACUCCUCUGGUUGCUGCGGCUGACCUCAAGACAGAGUUGGAGACGCUGCAGUACAGAGAACAUAAACGUCUGGCAAUUCAGGGACAGAUCACCGCGGUCCGCUACACCACCUCCCCCCAAACCACAGAAACAACAGGAGUGGAGGAGGACGAGGUUUCGAAUGAUGAGCGAGAACGAGUCACAUCAGAACGACAUGGUCAUCCCUCAACAGCUGAACAGAACGUUACAAGAAGUCCAUGGUCUCCCUAUUCUGACGGCAGCUCAGCUAGCAGGAGGAAAAGAAGGAUUCAUACAGAGACACACGAAAGACAAGAGCAGGAGGAGGGACGAGCUCCAGACUCCGACGCUCCGUCCUGGGAAAGCAGCAGCUGGUCAAAGCAACAACAAGAACUGUCUGAACAUUUGCACCAAGGCGGCCUGCACGGGGACAGCGUCUCUCGCAGCUUCACGUUGGACGAGAAGAGCGCUCUCCUGCGCCAGAGUAACCUUCAACCAACACGAUGGACGUCGGAGUCGGCCGCUGACACCCUCCUUCCCGCUCCCUGCCCAGGAUACUACCAGCUAACCAUACUGGGCAUCAACAAGAAGAUAGCGCUCGACGUGGCGUUUUUUCCCAUCACGCGCUCCGAUGAUCCCCGAGCCGUCGGUCUCCCUCAACAUCCGCACGACAACACGAUGCUGUCCUGCCUCUCGACGGGCUUCUUCUGCCCGCUCAGAGGUGGAACCGGUCCCGAAGAAGCCACUCCUCCUGAACCAGAGGAGGUUUUGGCGAGCGCCCGAGAGCUGGAGGACACUCACGUGGUGUGCGUCUUGGACCUUUGUCAUUUAGGAGGAGAUGAGGUGGAAGUCCUGAUCAACAAGGUGUACAAAGUGACAGACAUUUCACUGGAAACACAAUGAACCCGGUUUUAAUCAGUAAAAAUCACAUGAAUUAAGUAAUUUUUAAUUAAAAAUAGGCUAAUGCCUGAUAUAUUUGUAGAGCAUCUGUUAUGUCAUUUGUAUUUUUUUUAAUAAACAAA